AGUCGACUUAGUAAAAGGAUGGCUGUAAACAUUGUGUGGCAAGAUAUCUUAAUCAUAGCCUUUUAUUUUGUAAUUGUGUUUGCUGUUGGGAUAUAUGCUUCAUGUAAAGCAAGUACCGAUAGCGCACAAGGAUAUUUUUUAGCGGGUCAGAGUUCGAAUUGGCUUUUAAUAGGAGCUUCUACAUUUGCAACUAAUAUUGGGGCACCUAUGUUUAUUGGCAUAGCUGGCUCUGCAGCAUCCUCAGGUAUUUCAAUUGUUAUGUUUGAAUGGCAUGCAAUGUUUAUGCUGGUAGCUCUAGGAUGGUUAUUUCUACCUGUUUAUCGGGCUUGCGGCUGCUAUACAAUGCCUCAUUAUUUACAGAAAAGGUUUGGUGGAAAAAGAAUACGCCUAGUUUUGGCUAUAGCUCAUACUCUUUUAACAAUAAUAUCACAAGUUGCUGGUCAAAUGUUUGCUGGCGCUUUAUUUAUGCGACAAAUUUUUGGUUGGAAUUUAUAUCUAUCGGUUGUGCUUAUAUUGGCAGUAACAGCAAUUUAUACGAUCGGAGGAGGUUUAACAGCUGUUUUGUGGACAGACACAAUUCAAACUGUAAUUCUUAUUGCUGGAUCAGCAGCUUUAAGUGGAAUAUCCUUAAAUCGAGUUGGUGGUUUUGCCAAUUUAAGAUGGAGAUAUGAUAGGUCUUACUCGAACAAUACAGCGUAUUUUAAUAGCUAUAGUAAUAAUUUGACAUGUGGCUUACCAAAAGAGAACGCUUGGAAUAUCUUUCGCCCUCUCGAUGAAGAUAACCCUUGGUUAGGAAUGAUUAUUGGACUAACAAUUCUUGCUACAAAUGCUUGGUGUACUGACCAAUUAUGUGUGCAACGUUCGCUCUCUGCUAAGAGCAUUAGCCAUGCUAAAGGAGGGGUUUUGCUUGCUGCAUUCUUAAAGAUAACUCCCUUUUUAUUUUUUGUAAUUCCUGGAAUGGUAAGCCGUGUGUUAUUUCCUGAUGAAAUUGCUUGUUCGGAUCCCGAAGAUUGUAAGAGUAUUUGUGGCAAUGUAAAUGGAUGCUCAAAUAUAGCUUACCCUUUAUUAGUUGUUCGCAUAAUGCCAAUCGGUGUAAGAGGUUUAAUGCUAGCUGCUCUUUUAGCUGCUCUUAUUUCGUCAUUGACCUCAAUUUUUAAUUCGGCGACUACCGUUUUCACUAUGGAUAUUUGGCGUGUGGUCAGGAAAAGAGCUGAAGAGAAAGAGUUGAUGUUAGUAAGCAGACUUUUUACGGUUUUGCUAAUAGGAAUUAGCAUUGCUUGGCUACCUAUAUUAGAAAAUAUUCAGGGAUCUCAAUUUUGGGAUUACAUUCAGCAGAUCUACAGUUAUAUUCUUCCACCUAUUGUAAUGGUAUUUUUAGCCGGGAUAUUUUGGAACAGAACGACUGAAAUGGCUGCAUUCUUGACACUGCUUAUUUGUAUAACUAUUGGACUGGCAAGAAUGAUUAUGACAUUCGCCAUGCCGGGUCCUCCUUGUGGUUCAACUGAAAAAGACAAUAGAUGGCCAAUUAUUUCAAAAGUCCAUUAUCUCCAUUUUGCAAUUAUCUUGGGUGGAUUAUCUCUUUUCCUUCUCGUAGGAAUAAGUAUUAUAACCAAACCAAGACCGAUGCGUAAAUUACACAGAACAACCUUUUGGACAAGAAAUGAUAAAGAAUUUCCCGAAGAAAGUGAGGAUGAGAAUGAGAAUGAGAAUGCUAAGCCUAUUGAAAAGGAAAUCGUGGAAGAAACCGAGGAGAAUGUAACUCCUGACAGAGUAACAAAAGGCCAAAGAAUAAAGCAAUUACUUUUGAAAUAUGUCUGUGGUCAAAAUCAAAAUUCUAACUCUCAAGAAGGACCUACGAAAGAAGAAAUUAAAAAAAUGACUUCUAUUGUAGAAGAUCCAAAGUCAAAACUCCUCUUGGACCUCGGUGCAGCAGUCUGUGUAGGAGUAGCAAUAUUUUUACAUGGUUUUUGGGCUUGA